CAAAUCCAAAACGUUCCAACUCCAAAUUCCAGAGCAAAUCAAACACAAUUCUGAAAGAGACCCCUUUCAAUUGAAAAUGCUCUCUCAUCUAACUUCAAAAUGUUUACGCGUGGGCAUUUCAUAAAGCAUUAGGGAAACUUAACAUACACCGUCCUGACAUUUCUUGAAUAUUAACAACGGACAGGUGGUAUAUAAGGGUCCCGAGGUUCCCUGUACCACAUUCCUUUGGCGUGUGUGGUCUGUUUAAGUACAAAGAUGAAAGUCCAGAUACUAAUGGUAUUCCUGUUCACUUUGGCGCUUUGCGCCGGACAUAUCAGCAGCGGCCUGAUGAUGCAAGACCUCAGUCCUCAGGUCUACUGCGGCAGAAACCUCGCCAUGGCGAUAUCGGAGCUCUGUCUCAUGCAGAGACACCAGCAAAAGAGAUCCGAGGGAACCUUGUUCGGUACUGGCAUCUCCCCCUACUACAAUGAGGACUAUAGCUGGCCUUGGCUUCCCCCCCACCAGGCAAACGUCCUGGCACUUCCCUCGCGCGGCAAAAGGCUCGUAAACGGGAUCGUUGACGAAUGCUGCACUAAGCCCUGCAGCAUGAAAGAAAUGCUUGGGUACUGUAAUUAGGUUAGGUAACGUCAUAUAGCUCAUUUUAAAGAUUUUGUAAAUGAAUUGAUAUA